AUGAAGUCUAUCGAUAAGAAAACAAAAUCUCAAAAGUCUGACGACAGGGUUUCAGUGCCGGUAUCGAAAGCCUCAUUUUCUCAAAAUUCCCGAAGCAAAAAUAGAUUAAGCGCCGUUUAUUUUGGAAAUGUUCCAAGAACAAGUCAGGCAUGGAGAAAAAGCAUUAAAAAUGGAUUCAAAGUACCAAUGUACCAAAAUAGUUACUGGCUCGAUCCGUAUUUACCAUUUCGGUAUGAGGUUUCCGAUAAAAUUCUUAAGCAAGUUAUGACCAAUAGACUGAAAGAAGAAGAGUAUUCGGAAUAUACAGUAAAUCUAAGCCGGAGUAUAGCUGCAGAGAUACACGAUCAACUAUAUAGAACUGACUAUGACCGAGUCAAAUACGUGGUGAUUAUAACUAUUAUUGAGAAUACAGAUCAAUCAUUUUCCUCCGUAAAUGGCAGAUUAUGGGAUGCUCAAAGAGAUACUUACUCUGUCUUCAUUUACGAUAGACCCACUUUUUAUGCUAUUGGUUUAGUCUUCGCUAUGUAUUAUGAGUAAAUAUUUUAUAAAGAGAAACAUAUGUAUCUGAAAUUAUUUCCAAAUCUCAAA